CCACUUGAUUGCUGCACCUUCCUCACUCUCUCUCUCUCUCUCUCUUAACUUCAAUCCUAAGUAUGAUUAAUCAUUUAGCUUUCUCUCUCUUCUCUCUUUAAAUCAACAUGAUUAGUUUAAUUUACUCUCUCUUCACCCCACACACAAACAUAAUAAUAUUUUACAUCUCUUUUAAAACGUUUAAAUGACACAAACUAUCACUCAGGUAAUAUUUCACGCUAUAUAGAGACAGUGACCACUUCAUACUUCACACUAUUCUUCUCCAUCUUCUUCCAACAAAAAUAAAAGACUAAACAUUCUUCUUGCACAAUUUCGAACCAAAUGGGUCGCCAUUCCUGUUGUUUAAAGCAGAAAUUAAGAAAAGGUUUAUGGUCACCGGAAGAAGAUGAGAAGCUUUUCAAUCACAUAACUAGAUUCGGUGUUGGUUGCUGGAGUUCUGUUCCCAAACAAGCCGGACUUCAAAGAUGCGGAAAAAGUUGUAGAUUGAGAUGGAUAAACUAUUUGAGGCCCGAUUUAAAGAGAGGAAUGUUCUCGCAACAAGAAGAGGAUGUUAUAAUUAGUCUUCAUGAGCUUCUUGGAAAUAGGUGGGCUCAAAUUGCAGCACAAUUACCGGGGAGAACCGAUAAUGAAAUUAAGAAUUUCUGGAAUUCGUGUUUAAAGAAGAAGCUUAUGAAGCAAGGGAUUGAUCCAGCAACACAUAAGCCUCUAACAGAACCAUAUAUUAAGGAAGAGAGCAAAUUAACAGAAAAAACAGCAACAAAUCCGAUGCAAAUUCCAUCGGUUACAUCACAAGGUUCAUCGUUUCUUAUAAGUGAUUCGAGUUACUUUGAUAAUAAUGGCUUAUCAGAAGCUUCUAGAGAUAUUUUCAGUAGCAAAUCAGCAUUGGAUCCUUUGUUCUGCUAUGAUUUCCAAUCUGGUUAUACCUUACCUAUGAAUAAUUAUCAGAGUGAAAGCCAAUUUGGUAUAAAUCCAAGCUAUGGUUUUUCUUCAAUGCCGAGUCUAACGAAUUCGGAUCACGCGGUCGUGUCGGUAACCGAGUUUUCAGACAACAAUUCACCUUCAAAAAUCAGUUCAUUAUUGUUCAUGAAUGAUCAAGUGAAAGAAAGUAAUUCAAGCAAUAGCUCCAACAUGAGCACUAUUUAUCCUUCUCAGAUGAGAACUACCAUGAUUGAAAAUAAUAAUAAUAAUGCAGGAUUUUCUUGGGAUGGAGAUAACAAAUUAGACCCUUUGUUUCAGUUUCAAGUGAAUGCUAUAAAAUCUGAAGAUUUUGGAACUAGUUCAUGGGAAGAAGGACAAAUUCAAACUCAGAAUUCAAUAGAUUUCAAUAGCUAUCCUUUAACAUCACUCUCAGAAGAUUUAACAGAAGCAAAUUUUGAUGUAUUCCAUCAUAUCUGAACUGUAAAUUAUUUCUCUCUUUAUUUUUAUUUUUAUUUUUAUUUUUUUACAUAUUUUUUGAACUAUAUAUAUUUCUACUGUUCAAAGUAGAAAAUAUAGAAAGGUGUUGAUAGUAGAGAAGAUUUGUAGAUUAAGAUUUGAGAUUGAGAUUUUUUUCUUUUUUU